AUGCCACACGACAAAGUGUCUCCACUUCCACCAAACUACAUCUUCUCUCCAAAUGACAAAUUCUACUAUGCUCCUGCCACGUGUAACUCGAUGCACUACACAACAGCCGCCUACAUUUCUGCUUUCGUAGAAUUCGUCGUUAUGGGAACUGGAGCUAUUUGUUUCUACGUGAUGAGCCACAAGACAGACACAAUCGACAAGUGGUUGUUCUAUCUUCAAGCAUUGAUUACUGUAUUUUCUGUGAUUACUUCUCUUCUGAUGACAGUUGGAAUGCGGAAGGAGAAACCACAAUUAUUCUCUCCAAAGCUUGCAUUCAUUACUCUUGAAAUCGGAUUCCUUCUCUUCUGGGCUGGAAUUUCUGUUCUCUGCAUGUCAAUUGGAAUCGAUUUCACUCGUUCGGCAUUCGGACACUUUGGAAGAGUUCUUCAAAUUGAGAAGGAUUACGGACCGAUCUGGCCAUUCAAUGUGGCUGUGGUCUCUUUCUUCACUGCUGCCAUUGCUAUCUGGACUCGAAUCAUUGUUCAAGGAGCAUGCGACUAUCUGUUGGACAAGGAAUAUUUUUCCAGUAAGCAAAAUGUUGAAUUGAGAGAGGCAUCUAAGUCGAGAUAA